GUUCUAGUUGACGCGUUGUUGAGGCUCGUCGCUAACAACAUACACAUUCAAACACACAGCCGUACACAUACAUACACACACGCGCGCACACACACUCGAGCACGUAUAUACAGACGCGCGCGUACCGAGCAUUCAAGACAGAGAGGCUGCUUCUGCUGCUGCUGCCGUUGCUGCUGCCGCUGCGCUCCUCACGAUCGCGAUCUACAGCAGAUUCUCUUCUCCGCUUCAUCCCAGCAUCAAUUCUUCCGAAUAUAUCUCCUCACCGCAGACGCAAACCUAGAGCGUAGCGCAUUGGGACGACGAUCAUCUCCAGAGGGUUGCUGCAAAUGGUUCGGAAGUAAGGGAACAACGAAUUUGGAAGAGGAGACGGUUAUUAUUUGAGAAGAGAGAAACGCACGAGUAGAAAGAAAAAUAGAAUUUACAAAAUAAAAAAUAAAUAAAUAAAUAAGAGAGCCGAAGAAUAGUAGUAGGCAGAAUAGUGGUGUGAGUGUUUGUGGUGGUGCCAUGCUCUAGCAGCCAUGAUCAUAUCCAAGGACCUGUUCCUACUCGGAGACCAAGACUAUUUGCGCCUCCCUAAUAAGGAUUCCACUAGACCCAGCAUGAUACGGCCCAAGACUAAUCAAAGGUACUUAUCAAAACCAAUCCUCGGUAGGGAAACAGAAUCGGAAACCGAACCAUGCCGGCUUCAAAAUAUGUUGUACUCGCUCAGGUUGGAUUCAACAGCGGCGCAUUUCCCAUGUCUUAUUCCGGAGAGCAGGCAGAUGCCCGUCAGUUUGGCUUUCAGGGGGCUGACGGUGACCGUCGGCGGACGGCAGAUUCUGCGAGACAUCGAUGGUUUGGUGAGGCCGGGGCAGGUUAUGGCCGUCAUGGGUCCAUCCGGAUGCGGGAAGACGACGCUCCUGAAUUGUCUGAGCGGACGUCUGCAGCUCGAUUCCGGGGAGAUCUCUUUGAAUCGGGAAGCCCUCUGCAAACGUUGGAAGCGGAAAAUCUGCUACGUCCUACAGCAGGACAUCUUCUUCCCGGAUCUCACCCUGCGCCAGACACUCGAGUACACGGCCCGUCUUCGACUUCCCGACACCAUGGCCCACACCCAGAAGAUGCAGUACGUGGACCACAUCAUCGACGUACUCGAGCUACGCUCUUGCCAAGACACCAUCAUCGGCGACUACCUCAAACGGGGCCUCAGCGGAGGCGAGAAGAAAAGAGCUAACAUCGCCUGCGAACUGCUCACCAACCCCUCAUUAAUGCUCCUCGACGAACCGACGUCCGGUUUAGAUUCGCAUGCAGCUUACAAUCUGAUGACGACAUUGAAAAGGUACGCGAUGACGGAAGGAAAAGCCGUGGUGGUAACCCUACACCAACCUUCGAGUCAAAUCUUCCAUUUGUGCGAUAAGCUUCUGCUUCUGUGCGGUGGACAGACUGCGUACCAAGGUGAGACGUGUCGAGUGGUGGAUUUCUUCUCGAACAUAGGUCUUCACAUCAUGCCGCACUACAACCCUGCCGAUUUCAUACUGGAACAAGUGAAGAGAUCGGAAGAGGUGCAGCAGAAGAUAAUCGCGGCGGCGGCGGCUGCGCGCGUCUCCAAAGAAUAUCCUGCGGAGCUGCAGGAGUUCAUGUACAUCCCGGAGAAGCUGGACGUCACGUAUUCGCCGCACAUAGAAAUUACGAUAGAAGUGACGAAUCCCGAGGAUCUGAGCUCGCUGGAUCCGGAUGUGAGAAGACUGUGGAUCGACACGAACUCCCAUGCGUCCUCUUCGAGCAGCGAGACGAGCGACACGGAAUGCUACUUCGCGUGGCCUACCAGUUUCUGGACGCAGUUCAAGGUGCUCUCGCAGCGGAACUUCCAGGAGGCGCGUCCGAGGAUGCUGUCCAAACUGAAUUGGGUGCAGACGAUCGGACUGGGUAUGCUCGCCGGACUCCUCUGGUUCCAGCUGGAGAGACGCGAAGAGGCUCUGCACGAUAUACAGGGUUGGAUGUUCUUCUCGACGACGUACUGGAUGCUGUUCGCGCAUUUCGGAGCGCUCAGCUCGUUUCCGCCGGAGAGGGACGUGAUCAACAAGGAGCGCCGAUCCGGUGCAUACAGACUGAGUGCUUACUAUCUUGCUAAGAUGGCCGGGGAGUUACCGUUGACGGUCACCCUCCCGGCCAUCUACCAUCUAAUUUCCUAUCCCAUGUUGGGAUUCCAUUCUCCCGUCGUGUUCUUCACGCUGCUGGCCUUCCUCCUCCUCAACACCAUCGUCGCGCAGAGCGUCGGCUUCUUCAUAGGCGCCGCCUGCAUGGACAUGCAGCUGAGCAUCACCAUCAGCGCUCUCUACACGUUAUCCACGCAACUGUUUGGAGGGUACCUAGCGACGAACAUACCGGCGUGGCUCACCUGGAUGAGGUAUCUCUCGAUGGUGCAUUACGCCUACCAGAACAUGCAGAUCAUCGAGUUCAGCAAAGGUCUUCCCAUAAUGUGUUCGCAUCAGAGCAAAUUCGACGAGUGCUCAGAGUCCGCAGUCAUCCCACCAACGGCGAUCCUCGAGGCGCAAGGUCCGCACAUGCCCCUGUGGAUCAACACUUGCGUUCUGAUGGCCUUCUUCCUGGUCUUCAGACUGCUAGGCUACUUCGUACUGAGGUACUUCCGCACUCCCAAGUGACCCCACAUGUGAUAUACACCUGAUGUACCCCCUAGAUAUUAUUAGUAGAGAAGAAGAAAAAGAAAAACACGAAGGAAAAAGCACACAAGAAAAAUAAUAAAAGAAAACACAUAUAAUAAUUAAUUAAUCAUUAAUCAAACAUUAAAACAAAAAAUUGAUGUACGAACCACACCAAUCUGUACAUAUUAGGAAUGUUAUAGUCUUUGUUAAAUCGGGACAAUAAUAAGUGAAGAUGCAUUUAGAUACAAAAAGAAGAAUUAAACAAAUUAAAAAAAAAGAGUCGCAGAAGAAGAAUUGAAAGCAAGAAAAGACGAAGGAAAUAAUCAUUAAAUAAAUA